AUGUUCUCCUCGUCGAACACCUUCCUCGGCGGUGGUGCCGCUGGCCGUCCAGGCCAGGCACCAUUCAUGCAACAGCAGCAGCAGCCCUCAUUUUCGCCGUAUCCUCAGGGCCAACAGCAAGCGCCAAUGCAACAGCCUCAAGCAACAGGGUUUGCGCCCCAGCCCACUGGCUUUGCUGGACAGCCCUCUCCUUUCGGUAGCGCUCAGCUUCAACCCCAGGCUACGGGGUUCCCCGCAAGUCAGCAGCUCCAGCCUCAAUUCACUGGCUUCCCGGGUCAACAGCUCCAGCAGCCGCAACAGACAGGCUUCCAACAGCCCCAAGCCACCGGAUAUCCUGGCCAGAACCAGUCGCAACAACAAGCUCCUCAAUUCCAAGUGUCGCAACCCACUGGCCUGCCAAGUCGGCCCAAGACCUCGUCGGAGAUUGCCAAUUCUUUCCAGGCGGAUGCAGGCCAACGUCCUCAGGUCCCGCCGAAAUCUGGAUCGCGGAUUCCUAGUAUUCGGUUGUCAUUUAUCACUGCCCAGGACCAGGCCAAGUUUGAGCAACUGUUCAAGUCGGCUGUAGGCGACAGCAAGACAAUGGAGGGUGACAAGGCGAGAGACUUGCUGAUGCGCUCAAAGCUACCUGGUAGCGAUCUCUCAAAAAUCUGGGUCCUCUCCGACUCGACCAAGUCCGGUCAGCUGUUUUUCCCUGAAUUCGCUCUGGCCAUGUACCUCUGCAACAUUCGUCUCAAUGGUCGCGAGCUUCCCGCAACUCUACCUGAGAAGAUCAAGAACGAGGUCUCAAGUAUGGUUGACAUUAUUUCCUUCGAUGUUCCUGAGGAGCCACUCGACUCGGCCCCUCGCACAAAUGUUCCCAGCUUCGAUGCGCCAUUGCUGGAAAAUAAGUCCACUCCGCCAAUUGUCCAGCAGCCCCAACCUCAGAUGCCCGGCAAUCAGCAGCUUCUUUCGCAGCUCACUGCGCAGCCUACUGGAUUCUUCCCCCAGCCGACGGGCCUGCAGCCUCAGCAGACCGGCUUCCCGGGACCAAACCAAUCGCAAUUUCUUCAAUCGCAGCAAACCGGGCUCAUGAACAACCCACAAGCUACAGGCUACACUGGACCGCGCCCGCCCAUGCCGCCCAUGCCGACUGGCUUUGGCUCCGCCCAGACCGGAGGACUGGCCGCGCAACCUACCGGAAUGACAGCACAGCCUACGGGUGUGCCGGGCCAGUGGGGCUUGAACAAUACCCCUUCGCCCGGUCUUCCCACCCCUGAAGCCAUGAAGCAGCAGUUGAUGCCCCAGCUUGGCCGCGGGGGUGGAUCCAAUACCGCGGACCUGUCUGCAAAUUCCCCUUUCCCCUAUCCUAUCACAAAGGAUCACAAGAGAUUGUACGACGAUAUCUUUCGGAAUUGGGAUAAGUCCCGCAGUGGAUUCGUUAGUGGUGAAACCGCAAUCGAGAUGAUCGGACAAUGCGGACUGAGUCGCAGCGACCUGGAGCGGAUUUGGACCCUCGCAGACUUCCAUAACCGCGGUCGUCUGAACAUGGAUGAAUUUGCAGUGUUCAUACAUCUUGUUUACCUUGGUAAUGCUGGUCAUCCCAUUCCCAGCCGACUUCCUGCUGAGCUGAUCCCUUCAUCGACCAAGCACCUGAAUGACUCCAUUGGUACCGUCAAAUCCCUUCUGUCUCGGGAUGCCGAGACCCGCAAGGCUACUGGUGCUUUCCUCCAGCCUCAAAAGACUGGCGUCAGUUACCUCAAGGAUCAUUCCUUCCGUAGCAGUGGCGCUGCGUCGUCUGGCAUCGGCCGCAAAGAUGCCACAAUGUUCAAAAACAACGACGCCGCUGGUGGCUACCGUUCUAGCGCCCGUCGCCGCGUUGGCCAAGAUGGAAGGACCCCGUCUCCAGCUCCCUCUUCACAAGGAUCCGAAAUGGAGGACCUGACUGUCCAGCAAUUGGAAAAGAAGAUUCGCGAGGCAAAGAUUCUGCUCGAUGCCGUUGACUUCCAGGAUGAAAAUCGUGCCGAGGAUGAUGACUCGCUCGAUCGCAUGGACCGCCGCGAGGCAGAAAGCCUGAUGGAUCGUAUCCGUCGUGUUCAGGAUGACAUCGACACUCACCCUAACGCUGCCUUCCGUGGCCUGGACAACGGGGCUGAGCGACGCUCUCUGCGCCGCCAGCUGCAGGCUUACGAAGACCAGGUCCCUCAAGUAGCCUCUGAUGUCAGGCGAGUUGAGCGCGAAAUCGCCGAUGCCAGACUUGAGUUGUUCCGCCUGAAAGAUGCCAAGGCUCAUCCUGGCAGCGCCGGUAACAUUGUGGGCACGGGUCCCGGUGGUUCUAUCACCGAAGCCGAUCGCAUCAAGGCUCGUGCUCGUGCUCGUAUGCAAGCCCGAGCUGCUGAGCUUGCCGGUCGCCCAAUUCCGGCAGGCCUUGAUGACGACGGUCAGGCUGCUCGUCGCCUCGAAGCGGAGAACAACACUGUCAAGGCCGAAAGAGAGCGCAACGAUGCCAUGACCCGCGAUGUGGAGGAAAGCGUGCGAGACUUUGCCAAGUCUCUGGAGGACAGUCUUCGUGAGCAAGGUGUCAGCUCCACUCGUGAACAUGAGAAGCGUCGCUGGGAAGAUGCUUUGGGCGUCGAGGACACCAUUCGUGACUUUAUCUUUGACCUUGCCCGCAGUAGUCGAACUGCCAGCAUUCGUAAGGAAGAGCGUCAGCGUCCAUCGACCGCCUCGCCUGUUCAAGGCCGUUCAUCCACGGCGUCGCCAGCUGAGAAUUCUUCAGUGCCAGCUCCUUCCUCUGCACCCGGAUCGGCUCCAGGAGGUACACAUGAGGAUCGCGUGGCAGCAGCACGUGAGCGCGCGCAGAAGCGUAUUGCUGAACGCAUGGCCGCUGCGGGCUUGAAGCCCAGCGACUCUACGGAAACCUUGGCUCAACGCCAGGAGCGUGAGAGACGGGAGCGUGAAGAGCGCGUCAGGCGCGCAGAGGAGGAAGAUGCCAAGCGCGAAGCAGAGCGACAGCGCCGCCUCGCUGAAGAGCGCGGAGGAGCUGCGCCUGCACCCGCUGCUUCGAGGACGGCUGGCAAGAAGCCUCCCCCUGCGCCGCCAUCUCGACGGGCCCGAACUGAUAGUGCGGGCCAGGCCGAUUCAAAGAAGGCCGAGGAUGUUGUCCGCGAGCAAGCCAUCAAGGAGGAGCAAGAGCUGCAAGGAAUCGAGACCCAGCGCCUAGAGGACGAGGCUAAGCAGCGAGAAGCGGAGUUCCUGCGUGAGAAAGAAGCCCAGGAGGCGAAGCUUAAGGCCCUUGAAGAGCAGGUUCGUCAGGGAAAGAUCAAGAAGCAGGAAGAGAAACGUCGCCGAGAAGAAGCCGCUCGUCAGGCCAAGGAGCAGGAGGCUAGACUUGCAGCUCAGCGAGCUGAACUUGAGGCUGCCAAGGAACGCGAGCGUCAACUGCAGCGUGAGUUGGAGGGCAUGGACGAGGACUCAUCGGAUGACGAGGGUCCUGUGGAUAUCACCACUCCUCAAGAUAGUACUCCGACGCAGAGUCAGGUCCUACCGCCUGCCCCUCCUCCCGUGCCUACCAUUGCCAUCCCCGAACCUGCUGCGCCUGUUGCGACGCCCUCUUCUGAGGCUGGGAACGUGACCAGCCCCGUCGACGCCGAGUCCAAGAACCCUUAUUUCAAGUCACUUAGCCAACCUUCAUCAGAACCCUCCGUUACUUCGCCACCGAGCUCUCAGUCUACCAAUCCUUUCCAUCGCCUGGCCCAGCAGGAAAAGCAAGAGCCUCUCAAGCCUUCCUUCACCGGUGCUGUGCCCUUGGAACGCAAGACUCGUGCUCGACCUGAAGACAGCGAUGACUGGUCUGUUGCUGGAUCUGAGUUUGACUCGUCCGAUGAUGAAGAUGAACAUCCAGGCGGCGGCAGUGCCAAGCAACUUGCCAGCAUAUUGUUCGGUACCAUGGCCCCUCCUCGUCCUCUGAGUGCUAUGGAUGAAGACAAGUCCUCGACCCCGGUGCAAGCCAGCCCUAUUGCUGCCCCGCCUCCGCCUCCACAGGCGGCAUCUGAGCCCCAUGAGGAAGUAGAGGGUGUCUCAUACCCAGCUCCUCCAGCUGGCAUUCCUCCCCCACCACCUCCACCUCCUCCGGGUGCUCCAGGUGCUGCAUUUUCUGCGCCCCCUCCCCCUCCUCCAGCUGUAGGCGGAGCUCCUUCAGCACCACCACCGCCGCCUCCCCCAGGCUUCGGCGCACCACCCCCCGCCUCCUCCCGGAUUCGGUGCACCAGCCCCUCCCCCUCCUCCAGGUGGUGCCCCCGGAGCUCCUCCACCACCGCCUCCUGCCGCGGCUGCAGCGCCUGGCAAUCGCUCCGCUCUGCUUGCCUCGAUCCAAGCGGGCAAGGGUCUUCGUAA